AUGGCCGAGCUAGCAGCACUCAGCGUUGCAGCCAACAUUGUUCAAUUUCUAGAGCUUGGGCUCAAAGUAUCGAUCUCCAUCGUCAGUACGUAUCGCAGUAUCACCGACGAUGGUUUGAUACCACGAUUAGUCGAACUGAAAGCCAUGGCCAGAGAUUUGCAACGCCGCUGUAUUCGACUGGAGGCAGACGCCAACAUCAAGAUCGAUGACGGCAUGAAGAGCCUUCUGCAGCGUUGCAUAAAAACUUCGAAAGAACUUGUUGAUGCGGCCGGUGGUCUGACGACUGCUAUUGAUGGCAAGUACCCGAGGUUAACGAAGGUCAAACUCUCCGUCAGAGCAUAUUUCAAGGAAAGCAAAAUCACCGACAUUCAAAAGAGACUACGGAUAGUUCAAACCGCAAUCUUUGAGGGACUUCAAAUACUUCUUUUCCAGCAUCGUUCCGAGGUAUCUGACCAUGUACGGUCCUUGGGUGAUACUUCAGCAGCCUGGAACCGUGCCACCAAUGCCAGGCUCGACCAAAUGUCUAAGGACAUCGGCAAACUCUUGGAGUCCGAGAAUGAGGCCUCGUCUGCGAUAGAGUUGGAAGCAUUUUCUUCGAUGCUCUCCCGCUUCGUAGAGGACGCGAAACAUCAGGGCAACAUUCUGCAAAUUCUCAAAAGCCUGCGAUUCGCACAGAUAAUUGAACAACAGACCGAGAUACCCAAGGCGCACCAAAACACGUUUGAAUGGAUUUUCCAAGAGUCCACCAAUAUUAGUUUCUCUUCCUGGCUCCAAAGCUCAAAUGGCAUAUUCUGGAUUACUGGCAAACCGGGCUCCGGAAAAUCGACUCUCAUGAAGUUCGUAUUUGGACACGACAAAACUUCGCAGCUAGCAAAUACGUGGGCGGGCCCGCAUCAACUUGUAAUUGCUAACCACUUCUUCUGGGGUAUCAGAAAUGGCCUCCAGAGUUCCCAAGAAGGCUUUCUCAGAGCGCUGCUAUUCCAGAUCAUGGUCAAAUGUCCGGAACUCAUACCCGAUGUCUUCCCAGAGAGAUACGCCAGUCCGACACACACCCUUGACAUUUGGACAAUUGAGGGGUUACUUGAUGCUUUUGAACGUCUCAGGAGCGCUUCGUUUUGUACAAAGCGCAUCCUGAUAUUCAUAGAUGGGCUUGAUGAGUACAAGGGCAACCACAAGGAUUUACUCAAAUUUCUCGACAACAUGGUCCACGCUUCUGGCUUAAAGAUAUGCUGUGCAAGCCGGCCGUGGCGAUUAUUCGAAGAUGCCUACGGCAACUUUCUCGACCGUAUCAGGAUGGACCGACUCACAGCGAAAGAUAUGACAAUCUAUGUACGCGACGUUCUGGGACAGCACGAACACUAUCAUUAUUUACUGAAAACCCAUCAAACGGAGGCUACGAAUCUGAGUGAGAUUAUCUCGCAGAAGUCAGAAGGCGUUUUCUUUUGGGUUGCUCUGGUUGUCAAAUCUCUCGCUCGUGGUUUAGACAAUUGGGACGACCUUGCAAUAUUGCAGAAGAGAGUUGCAAGCUUUCCUUCCGAUCUCGACGAAUUCUUCCAGCGAAUGCUUGACUCUAUCGAAGACGUCUACAGGGAAGCCGCAUCUGGAACCUUUUCCAUGCUAUUGAUUGCAGACAUGCCUGUUCCCGUGGAUUGCUUCUUGAUCAUGGAUACUUACUUUGAAGCCAUGGGGAACUCUAAGUCUACAAAGCAGUUCAGAUCAUCGAAUACAAGACCCAAGUUUUCGCUAAGUAAGUUGGGCAGCAUUCCUACCUCGUCAGUCGAAAUCCAGCCGGAUGCCGAAGAAGCUCUCUACCGUCAAUAUCAAGAACCGGAUCAUUGGGGUUCUGGCUUGCUAUCAACAUAA